GCCGUCGCGGCGCCGCGGACGCAGCCAGCGCCGGCCAGAGCCGCCUCGGUCGCCGCGGACUCCACAUUCCAACGUCGCUUUGCUGCCGGUCCUGUACCCGUGCCGAGUGACUGAGUGACCGUCUUCAACCCGUGCGACAAUAAAUAAAUCACCAAUAUGUCUGACGAAGAAGAAUACUCUGGCUCCGAGGAGGAGGAAGUAGAAGAAGAAGUCCCGGAGACGCCUGCCCCCAAACAAGAGAGUAGACCAUCGAUCGCGGGCGAGGGAGACCCAGAAUUCAUUAAGCGUCAAGACCAGAAGCGGUCUGACUUGGAUGAGCAGUUGAAGGAGUACAUUAACGAAUGGCGCAAACAACGCGCCAAGGAGGAAGAUGAACUCAAACGUCUUAAGGAGAAGCAGGCCAAGCGCAAGGUAUCUCGUGCUGAAGAAGAGAAGCGCCUCGCACAGAAGAAGAAGGAGGAAGAAGAAAGGAGAGUCCGUGAGAUUGAAGAGAAGAAACAACGUGACAUCGAAGAGAAGAGGCAGCGACUCGAAGAAGCCGAAAAGAAACGCCAGGCUAUGCUCCAGGCCAUGAAAGAUGCCAGCAAGACCGGACCCAACUUCACCAUACAAAAGAAGAGCGACAACUUCGGCCUCAGCAACGCUCAACUCGAGCGCAACAAGACCAAGGAACAGCUGGAGGAAGAGAAGAAGAUUUCCCUCUCAAUCCGUAUCAAACCCCUCGCCAUCGAAGGUCUUUCCGUGGACAAACUACGACAGAAGGCCGUCGAGUUGUGGGAGUGCAUCAUCAAACUUGAGACCGAGAAAUACGAUCUCGAGGAGAGACAGAAGAGACAGGACUACGACUUAAAAGAGCUCAAAGAAAGACAAAAGCAGCAGCUGAGGCACAAAGCUCUUAAGAAGGGUCUCGACCCUGAGGCGUUAACAGGCAAGCACCCUCCUAAAAUCCAAGUCGCGUCUAAAUAUGAGCGACGCGUGGACACACGUUCCUACGACGACAAAAAGAAACUGUUCGAGGGUGAUCUAGAGAAACUGAACAAGGACUUCCUUGAGAAGGUGUGGCAAGAGAGGGCCGACCAGUUCGGUGGCAGGCAGAAGGCGAGACUGCCCAAGUGGUUCGGUGAGAGACCCGGCAAGAAGAAGGGAGAGCUCGAGUCCCCCGAGGGUGAGGAAGACGUGAAGGCUGAGGUGGAAGAGGAGGACGAGCCAGUCUACGAACCUGAACCCGAGGAGGAGGAGGAGGAGGAAGUCGAGGAAGUCGAGGAGGAGGAAGAGGAGGAAGAAGAAGAAGAGGAGGAGGAGGAGGAGGAGGAAGAGGAAUAAAUCAAUCCGUUGUAAGUCAAGUGAAGCCGUCGAGCGAGGUCGCGUCGGAUCGUACUGUUUUGUAACUUAUCCAUUAACUUAUUGCUAUUAUAAAUUAUUUUUAUUAUUUAAACUGUUGGUUCAUUUGUUACGGAACGCGGACGUGUCGGUACAUCUAUGACGUCACAAUAAACUAAUUUAUUUCAUAA